UCAGCUCAAAGAAAUAGAAACUUACGAGCUUAAACAUCUUAUCUGAGCAGGCAACUAGGAUGUCGAAAAAUCGGAAGUUGAAGCAUCACCACCCACUAUAAGUAUCGACAUUUUACUGCCAUGCUCAUGCUUCUCCCCAAGACCUAAUAAUUUUCUAUCGGCAAGAAAAGUCUUCCACUCAAUUACGGCCAUGCAUCUGAGACCAGUGACCAGGGAUGAUUUGUCUUCCAUCGCCGACAUCGCAAGUGAAGCAUAUCGGGAUGACUCUUUACAAAGGAUUUUCUUUCCUCCCAAGGCAGUUGAAAAUGGUUCGCAGCGUCGGAAAAGCAUGUUACGCAUACGAAAACGCCUUGUUGAAGCCAGUACACGUUGUAUUGUCUCGGUGAGCGACGAAAAGGAUGAAUUUUGGUCUGGAAAGCCUGAAUUGCUUGGAUAUGCAAAUUGGACUAGAGUGGGCAAGAGCGAAGCAGCGAACAACUGGCAAAUUGACAGUUUACUUUCGAGUUUGUUCUCACGAGAUUUCGAAUCGUCAUCUGACUAAUUAUCAACAUAGAAUUGGAAAGAACAUUAAUUACAGCGGAAAUGUGGUAUACCGAGACUUUCCUUGAUCGCGACCUACCAUGGGAUAAGAUACACCACGUGAGAACCUUGACCGCCAAUAGCUUUGGGUCAAUUCCAGAGUAUUUCGAGUUGGCUGGGUUAGCAGUAAGACCUAAGUUUCAUCGUCGCGGUAUUGGUGGAAUGAUGUUGAAGUAUGGAAUCGAUUUAGCUCAAGAGGAACAAAUUCCUGUUUUACUCCAAGCUUCUGCUGUGGGAACUCGCCUGUACACGAAAUUUGGGUUUCAAGAAAUACGAAAAACAGAAGUGUUUCCAGAAGUGAUAGCUGUGGCUAUGCAAUUGGAUCCGAAGGAUUAAAUUCUUUUGAAUAAAUUUUCAAAUAAACAUCAAAUCUGGACCAACGAUUGCAUAUUUUGAGGACUCUCACACGCAAUGAUUUGUCAUUCAGCUGCCAGUGGAUUAUUUUUCCUUCAAUAUUGCAACAAAACCUGAAGGUAUGACUAUCCAACGGC